UAAAUUCCGCUUGAGCUUACAUUUUCUUACUAGAGUCUAGAGCCAUUGAGUGAACCCGGUUUCAUAUUCGGGUCCAUCUUCCGGAUAAAUUAGGAAUCGUGUGAAAUAGGCCGUGUGCAGCUCAUCGUCGUGUGCCCGUCUCUCUUCCUCAUAAUCUCACAUUCUCACGACUAAGGUAAAAUCUCUACACACCUGAUAAUCUCCCGUCUCAUCUACCUAUUUCGUAAGCAAACUUAUCCCCUAUUUCCCCCCGGAAGCAGCGACAAUGGCGGAUACGCUUAAGAAUCUAAAGAUCAAGACGUCAUCUUGCAAACGCAUAGCAAAGGAACUGGCCUCGUAUCAGAAGGAGGUCGAGAGGGAAUACUCUAAGACCACUGAAAUGAAGGCUAAUAAUGCCGAUCCAUAUGACCUCAAACAGCAGGAAAAUGUUCUGGCUGAAUCCAGAAUGAUGAUACCUGAUUCUUACAAGCGUCUCGAACAUGCACUGAUUGAGCUUAAAGGAGCCCUGGAUGAGCUUGACAAAGACAUCAUAAAAGAAGGUCCUGAGGUUAAGGAUGCUCAAGAAGUCAUCACCGAGGUAGAGCUGAUGCUACUAAAGAAUGAAUGCAAACAAGAUGACCCCAAGGUAGACGAAGCCCAACAAGUCAAAGGUUGAACAGUUGCUUCAGAAUGAAAAAGUGUAGUGCACAUGAAGUCCAACCGUGCUGGGUUUUCUGGAUUUUGUGUUUAUAGCUUCUAUUCGAUACCAAAUGUUCUCGACAUCGUAACUAAAUGUUCAUCCAUCAUGCUUAAUUUAGGUUUGUUUCAUGCUACUUGUCUAUUGUGUCCACACGCGUCAUAACCAUAAUAUCAUCCACCCUCUGUCACAUGUGAGUGAAAGAGAGUAUUAUCCCAUAGUUUAGAGCUCGUGUGGACACUGUCUAUACAGGUCACAUUGAACUAACCCUACGUUCAAUGCUAUAAGGAAUAUUUGAUGCUCAAGAAGUGAUAAUAGCUGUUUAUUUGCCAUGGCUCUUUAUGUAAAACAACAUCAUAUGCUUCAGGUAAUGUUUUCACACCUCACUUGUUUAUGUCAAGCCUGGCAUCCCACCUCGACAGAACAGG